GCGAGUCUCACCUGCGGCGGGGGGAGCGGCGCUCCGGGCGUUGCAACCUGCCUCCAGGUGGAUCCCAGUGCAGAGCCUGCAGCAUCCUUAACUCUUGGCACUCCCGCACUUAGGCCACAAUGGCAGGUCGAGGUGGAGCUGCUCGACCGAAUGGACCAGCCGCUGGAAACAAAAUCUGCCAGUUUAAACUUGUUCUCUUGGGAGAGUCAGCAGUGGGGAAGUCCAGCCUUGUUCUGCGCUUUGUGAAGGGACAGUUCCACGAGUACCAGGAGAGCACAAUUGGAGCUGCCUUCCUAACACAGACAGUCUGUCUGGAUGACACAACGGUGAAGUUUGAAAUAUGGGAUACAGCAGGACAAGAGCGGUAUCACAGCCUGGCACCGAUGUAUUACCGAGGUGCCCAGGCAGCCAUUGUUGUCUACGACAUCACCAACACAGACACAUUUGUACGAGCCAAGAACUGGGUGAAAGAGUUGCAGAGGCAGGCUAGCCCCAAUAUUGUAAUUGCACUAGCAGGAAACAAGGCAGACCUUGCUACCAAGAGGGCUGUGGACUUCCAGGAUGCACAAACAUAUGCAGAUGACAACAGCUUGCUGUUCAUGGAGACAUCGGCAAAGACAGCGAUGAAUGUGAAUGAAAUCUUCAUGGCAAUAGCCAAGAAACUGCCAAAAAAUGAACCCCAGAAUGCUCCUGGUGGCCCAGGUAGGAAUCGGGUGGUUGACCUUCAGGAGAGCAGUCAGCCUAGCAGGAGCCAGUGCUGCAGCAAUUGAGCAGCUGUUCCCGCCUGACGGAGUCCUCGAAUGACGUGACUGGAAUCCACGCUAACAAUCGCACUUACCGUAGAGCGGCUGCUGCCGGUGGCUGCUGUGAUUUCUCCAUCCCUUUCUGAUCAUAGGCUGGAGGGAGUUCUUCCACCUGCACCUUUCUGUACAAAUACUAAUUCAAUUCUAAGUCUUAAGUCACUUUUUUAAUAUAUGAACUUCUGCUCUUCCCUCUUCCUGGUGGUGGUGGAUGCAUGACCUGGUGUCUGCCCAGCCAGCUCAUCCCUUCCCACGGGUGAGGGCCAGCAGCACCCAGGUCCCACAGUACUGUAGUUCACUAUUGGAAACAAAGGGAUAUUGAGACUAGAUGACUUUGUUUAAAAUUACCCGUAUGUAAAAGCUAAGGCUAAUACCAGUAUGAUAUGCCUAGAACAACCACUAAACUGUAGCAUUAUAGUGACAAACUCGGGCUCUUCAGCCACUUAUUGACCAAAUCAAUCAUGAGUAUUCUGGGGUGGGGCAGAGGGAAGCAAAA